AUGGUCGCCGACCUCCCUCUCUCCACCAUCCCCCCCUCCAAGCCUCACUCCCACACCGUCAUCUUCCUGCACGAGAACAAAAACUUUGCCCGCAGCGCCGUCAACCGCAUGCACGAGGCCACCGACCGCGACUGGCAGUCCAUCAUCCAAAACUACGCCUCGACGCGGUGGGUGUUCCCGCAGGCACCCACCGGCGAGCCGCUUAUACCGUCGCUGCAGAGCAUCUCGACGGGCAUCCAGCACGCCGUGCACAGGGGCGAGCCCAACUGGUGGAAUAACCAGGACCCGGAUGCUGCGAGGAAAGAGAGUGACAUUCUGCCUGAUCUGCGGGAGAGGAUCAAGGAGCUGGAAAAGGUCAUCUCGAACGAAGUGAGCGUGCUGGGAGGCCGUUGGGAGAGGGUCAUUCUGGCGGGAAUAGGCCACGGCGCGGGCAUGGCCAUGGCGACAAUCAUCAGCCUGGGCAUCCCCAACGAGCAAGACCUCAGUACAGUUACAAGCAGCACCGGAAAGAAGAAGCCUCAGCCCCUGGGCGGCUUCGUCGGCAUAUCCUGCGAGAUGCCCCUCCAAGAAACGCCCUCCGCCGCCCGCCGCCUCCUCUUCCCAGACAGCGACGCCCUGCCAGACAAAGAAAAGAGCAACGAUGUCUGGAAGAAGACGCCCGUGCUGCUGCAAUAUUUCGUCAAUGGCGGGCAGGAGUAUCUGGACAAGGGCCGGGCUUUGAGGGACAUGCUGGUGGCGAACGGCGUGGAGGAUGUUUGUUGGCGGGAGUACGAGGAUGGACGGAUGUUUAUGAAUUCGCCGCGGGGGGUGGAGGAUGUGAAGGAGUUUUUUGGGGACAAGAUGGAUUUGAGGCCGAAUUACUGA